AUGAGGAAGGAGAACCAGAGCAGCGUGUCUGAGUUCCUCCUCCUGGGGCUCCCCAUCCGGCCAGAGCAGCACGGUCUGUUCUUUGCCCUGUUCCUGGGCAUGUACCUGACCACAGUGCUGGGAAACUUACUCAUCAUCCUGCUCAUCAGGCUGGACUCUUGCCUCCACACCCCCAUGUACUUCUUCCUCAGCCACUUGGCCUUCACUGAUCUUUCCUUUUCAUCUGUCACCAUCCCAAAGAUGCUCAUGAACAUGCAGACUCAGCACUUAUCCAUUUCCUAUCCAGGAUGUAUUUCACAGACGUAUUUUUAUAUACUCUUUGGCUGUGUUGAUAAUCUCCUUCUCGCAGUGAUAGCAUAUGACAGGUACGUGGCCAUUUGUCACCCUACACCCUCUACUCUACACUACACCACCAUCAUGAAGGAGGAUCUGUGUGUGCUGGUGGCUGGCUCCUGGAUUCUUUCCUGUGGCAGUGCCCUCCUGCACACCCUCCUCCUGACUCAGGUGUCCUUCUGUGCUGACAACAUCAUUCCCCACUUUUUCUGUAGCCUCCCCAUCCUACUCAAGCUGUCCUGUUCCAACACCUCUCUUAAUGAGCUGGUCAUAUUUACUGCAGGGGCUGCAGUUGUCAUUUUUCCAUUGAGUGGUAUCCUGGUCUCUAAUGGCCACAUUGGGGCCUCUAUUCUAAAGGUCCCCUCUACCAAGGGUAUCUGCAGAGCCUUGUCCACCUGUGGCUCCCACAUUCCUGUCGUGUCUCUAUUCUAUGGAACAAUUAUGGCACUGUACUUUUCCUCCUCAUCGAGCAACUCUAAUGAC